AUGCUGGAUAACUUAGCCGGAUUAACGUUACUUGCAUUAGGGAACUGUUCACCUGAUAUAUUAACUACAUAUAAGGCAAUGUCAAUAGGCGAGCCUAAUCUAGCAUUGAGUGAAUUGAUAGGUUCAUGUUUUUUAAUUACCACAGUUGUCAUAGGUAUGAUAGCUAUAAUUCAUCCUUUCAAAUUACCACGUAAAAUAUUCUUAAGAGAUAGCGGAUUUUUAUGGAUGAUUUUAUUCAUUAUAUUCGUGUCACUUUGUAAUGGUUAUAUAAGUAUCAGUGCGUCUAUUAUAUUGAUCAUAUGUUAUACAAUUUACGUCGUAUAUAUCGUGGUAAGUCAUCAUAUCUUAAGACAGAAAGUCAUAAAGAAUCUUCGAGACGAAAGAAUCAGAAAUUCAUAUGCCAGUCCUGGCGAUUCUAAUAAUAUAGCAAAUGACAGUCAAACAGAUAUUGAAGCUAACUUGGAUUUAAUAGAUUUACCUACCAUUGAUGAAAUCAAUUUGAAUUCCAUCAACGAAUAUGACGAAGACUUCCAAAGAGAAUUAGUCAAUGAAUAUGAUGAAUUCAGAAGAUUCAACCAUAACGAAAUUAACAUCAAUAGCCAUUCUUAUGGUCUCAAACAACUUAUAAAAGAAUUAACUCACCAUAAUAAUCAUGGAAUACAAUUAACUCAUGAAAGACCACUAUUUCUGAAUAACCCAAUCGAAUUGUUAAACAACGAAGAAGCUGAUCAACCAUUUGAAACUUUUGAUAAUGAAUUUCUUAAUACUCAUUGGAAAAUAUUAGAACUCGAUUCAUUCAAAUCUUUGACUUGGUACGAAAAAGUAGGAUUUGUUCUUACACAUCCAUUCUUCAUGAUGAUAAAAUUCACUACUCCUAAUGAUGGACCAUUUGAAUUUUUUCAAUUGAUCAUCAGUUUCAUUUAUUUGAAUUUCCUUAUUAGUUGGAAAUUAUGGGUGAUUUCAAUCCCUCUUUCCGUGGGAUUGGUGGCAUUAAUACGGAAAUACCAACAUCAAUUAAUCCUUUCUUUCUUAGGCUUUAUAAUAUCCAUAACUUGGAUAGCCUUUUUUGCUAACGAGAUUAUCAACAAUAUAAAUUCCAUUUCGGUAAUCUUUCAACUCAGUGAAGAAAUCUUGGGGUUUACCAUAUUUGCUAUAGGUAACUCUGUGGGUGAUAUAAUUGCCAACUUCACAGUUGCUAAAAUGGGUAUGCCAAUAAUGGCAUUUGCUGCUUGUUUCGGUUCACCAAUUUUAUCACUUACAUCACUUGGAUUCAACACUUUGAUGAUUCUCCUUCGAACAGAAAAUUAUUCUAAAGAUUAUAUCAAUCAUUUUGGAUAUUUGGUCAAUUCUAAUGUUUCAUUGAUAGUAUUAUCAUCAGGUGGAUUAAUAAAUUUGAUAGUUUUGAUCUUUUUGGUCUAUAUGAAUGAUUAUCUUAUUAAUGAAAGAAUUGGAUAUGUAUUACUAUUCAAUUGGGGACUUGUCACGGGAAUUUGUGUAUUAUUAGAGUUAGUAAAAAAUUAA